UUUCGGGUGUCUUCUGAGCAGCUUUUACCGUGGCCUGCGGGUGUUGGGCGUGAGCUAGAAACCGCGCGCGUGUCAAGGCUUUUCAAAAGCAGUAACAGGAGGCACGGCACAACGUGAUUUGAAGCAAAAAAAAAAAAAAAAAAACGGCGGCACCAAAUUGCAGUUAAGUGGCCCCGUCCGGCCGUGGUGCGUGCGUGUUUCUGGCAAAUGCAAAUAGUCAGGGCCAGCGUGUAGAGUACCGUACGCCUGUGGGUUGCUGCAGUACGCCAUAAACUGCACACGCCGCCGUCGUGAUAAAUUGAAGUGGCCGGCACCGGAAAAACCGGUUUUUCCCCGAACCCGUUGUGCGCCGGGCCGGGAAAGUGGGCAGCCUUCUUGAUAGAGUACGCAAACUGUCGUUACUUUUGUCGCGGGCUUCGAAAGGCUCCACCGACACACAAAUACCACCGCAAAGAGUGACACAAAAGUGACGAACGAAUUCCAGUGCAGACAACAGCGGGAAAAAACAGCGCAAACAAAUAGAGAGCCCCACAACGCAAUACGGCUCCAAGUGUGUGUGUGUGUGAUUGAAUUUAUGGGCGCGCGAUAGCGUGGCGCGGUGCGUGACGUAAGUCGUCGACAACAACCCGUCCCCGUCCAGUGUAGCAUAUAGCUCGGCGGAACAGCUGGGCGCUGAGCAGCUAAUGAAAUCCUCUCGCCCCCCAAUUCAAAUACCACGCCAAAGUCCUGCUCGUGAGUGUGUGAGUGCGUGUGUUAUAUCAAUCGAGAUUUGGAGGAUCGGAUCACCGACCGACACACUCGUGGAUCGCGCGAUUUUGUGAAAACCGAGGGGCCCAACCAGGUCCUACUUCCAGCAGCAGUGGGGUGUCCAUCGUCGCUGCUAACGGCUGCCGUCGGAAAACAAAAACAGAAAACGAUCAAAUCAGCGUUCCACUCCAAAUCGCUUGCGCGCCAUUAUCGAGAAAUUGCAAUUUAAGCUACUCCGUGUGUGUGAGCGCGUCCACCGCUGAACUCGUCCCGCUUUGCGAACUGAUAAAGCGAGCCAUCGAUCCUAACCCGGUGUGUAUCGAGGAAUCGAAGCCACUACUCAGGAGGGACGUCGGGGAAUUUGGUUUGUUACGUGCAAAGGUCGACAGCGGUUCUCUGGGGAACCGACGUCACACCGGAAUCGAUAACACCGAUUUCACAACCUGGAACUCUGGUCGGACCUGGGAGAAGGUGGAUAUAGCAGUCAGCAAUCGGUGUGUAACCAGCGUAUGGACAGCAUGACUAUAUCAGCGAUCCCUCCUCCGGAGCCGGUCUGGUGUCUGGACCGACGGGACUCGGGCCACCUGUUCUGGCGCCGGGAGUCGUCGAAGGUGAAGUUCCGGUACGACGUGGAAGUGCUCGAGUUCACCAAGGACCCGUACGAGGACCAGCUGCUCAUCACGGACAGUGAGCUGAACCGAGCAAAACAGGACCAGGCCGGUGCCCUCUCGAAUAUGAUCGUGGUGUGCGCCACUUGUGUGGCCGCCAUUGCCGUUACGGUAGUGCUGCCCUGGUUUCUGAUAGGAUCGGCCUAAGGUGCAAACACCCACCUCAUACACGUCGCAGGCACUGGUUGUGAAAUAACGCUAGUUAGAAAUCACCCAGAGUAGCAACGUUGGGUAACGCAAAUGUGAUAGCUGUCCCUACGGUCUUCGGUGCCCCCUAGAGAGGCACAGUUUAGGGACUCAUUGUUUUUUUCCUCCAAACCCAAUUUUUCUCUAGCUUUUAAGGACACGUAGUAGAGUAAGAAGUUUUGUUAUGUUUUGUGCAACAUGUGAAGCAACUUUUGGCUCUACACUGUAUUGUAAAUAGGAAUGUUAGGGGUUCUGCGGGCUUCCGAUUCACUGCACGACUCCCCGUGUAGCGUUGCGUGAUAAGAGAGUGAAAAGGGCAACAUUACCAUUCGGAGUGAAGGCCUUCCGUGUAAAGCUAAUUCUAAAGGUUAAUGAAAUGCAUUGAAAUGGUGCAUCGAACAGCAAAUGUAUUAAACCAGCUAAACAUAUCAUAAUACGUCUAGGAGAAUGAGUUUGUAAGCAGUCUUAGCUGUCUUCUAACCACACAGAUCGUUAGGCACAACAAGUCAACGAGGCACCGCGCCGACUGGCUGGUAUCGGGAAGAAUCGGGGUUAUUAUGAGCCACGGUGUGUAAAUGUGACAAUAAAA